GUAAUGUUAGCAUUUACUGGUGAUUCGAUUCCUGGCGCCAAUCCCCUGUAUCACACUAGAUACGAUACAUUCCACAUCUUGGAUGAAAUAAUUGACAGGGGCUUCAAGACCCACCGUGCAGUUUGUCAAGUCACAGCCGAAAUGGCAAGGAAUUUGGCAGACUCUCUGACAGUGCCUUUUAAUGUGAGUGACCUUUCAGAACAGCUUCAGAUGCGUGUCACAAUACUUGACAUGGAGUACGGACAGCUGCUCAGAACCCACGGUAUCCACUUCGAAUGGUUGCAGGAAGCAGCAGAGAAUUUUUCUUCAGAAGUCAUCAAAUUUCAAACAAGAGCAGAUAACAUUAACAUGAAUGAUCCUUUCGCCAUUCGUCGGAUUAAUGACCAGCUGAUUUUACUGGAGAGAGCCUUUAUUGACCCGGCUGGACUACCCGGACGGCCCCUGGCGAGGCAUGUGCUAUUUUCGCAUCUCGAUGUUAAUUCAUACGUUGGAACUACUUUUCCCGGACUAGUGGACUCCCUUUUGAAACUGGCGGAUGCUUCAGAAGACGAAACCAAGGCACUAUGGGAAGUCAUAAAGCAACACUUCUCCGUGUUGGUAUUCACUAUUCAGUCAGCGCAGACUACGCUUCGGGAAGUGACCACAUUUAUGCCAGAUUUUCAGGAAACUGUGUGACUCAAUUGAUGAAU